CGCGACGUCCGUGGCGGAAGUUUGCUGGUUCACUUCUGCUCCUUCGGUGCACGCUUUCCCGCUGCGGUUCUGCAAAACGACAAUUAUACGAGUAACUAUCGCCGUACAGAAAACAAAGACAAGAUGAGCAAAGCGCACCCACCCGAGCUGAAAAAGUUCAUGGACAAGAAGCUUUCAUUGAAGUUGAAUGGAGGCCGGCACGUGCAGGGCAUCCUGCGAGGGUUUGACCCCUUCAUGAACCUGGUGGUGGAUGACUGUCUGGAGAUGGGCCCAGGAGGACAACAGAACACCAUCGGCAUGGUGGUGAUCAGAGGAAACAGCAUCAUCAUGUUGGAGGCUUUAGAGAGAGUAUGAGAGAGGCAGCGGCGGCUGCAGAAGGGAAAACGAGUCACAUUGUGUCAAAGCAGUUGUUUGUCUAAGAUGUUGUCCUUAGUUUUUAAUUUGAACAUAUCUUGACCUGUGUAACCUUGUGAAUAAAUCUGUUUUUCUUUGUAUUUUGUG